AGGCCUGUCUUGGACCCAUUCAUUGGCUAUGAUGAAGACUCCAUGGAUUCAGAGACAUCAUCCAUGGCCUCAUUUAGAACAGACCGGACACCAGCGACUCCUGAUGAUGACUUGGAUGAAAGUUUAGCAGCUGAAGAAUCAGAGCUACGAUUUAGACAAUUAACGAAAGAAUACCAGGCACUCCAAAGAGCAUAUGCCCUCCUACAAGAGCAGACCGGAGGCAUCAUCGAUGCAGAACGGGAAGCCAAGGCUCAAGAACAGCUGCAAGCAGAGGUGCUGAGGUAUAAAGCCAAAAUUGAAGACCUGGAAGCAACACUGGCUCAGAAGGGGCAGGUAGGAGCUUGA